GCUGUCAAGUGAGAUCCCUACCUCCAACGCACUUCCCCCUCUAAAAAUCAAAACACACUGUAGCCUCAUAAUUCAGAUAGUUCAUUCUCGUUGAAUGAAACAGCACCCAAAGAGAAACAAAAAUGUGUUCAGAACAUGAGUGCGGAAUUUGUUACAGAAGCUACAACACGGAUCGUCGGUGUCCUCGUGAGUUACAGUGUAACCACAUCUUUUGUGAGAGCUGUAUCGUGACUCUUUCUCGACCCUCGGUAUGUGAAGUGGAAUCCAGGAAGGAAUGUUCGCGGCAGGACAAGACAAUUGUUUGCCCACUGUGCCGGUACACAACGUCGGUCUCGGGUAAAGUGAGGGCAGCGCUUCGGGUAGACGAAGGUAUUCUUGAGCGCAUGGUGUCAUCUGGCGUACUAAGCAUGACAGACGACGAGGAGGAUCGUGAAGAUGAUGAGACUUCUCAUGAGAACUCAGCCGAGGAAAGGGACUCCUCUUCGGAUUCCGUAGUUGGAAGGUUCCGCCGUUCGCUGAGGCGCGUCUGGGGCAAAUUAACUCGGAAUAAUGACCAACGGAGAGCGGAUUGUAUGACUGAUGAGGACCUACGAGACCUUGCCAUGAUGUCAUGCUACAUCAUUUGAUGAGGACUUCGUUGGAAAAAAGUAAUCAGCUGCUGCUGCACCUGAUUGAUCAGAGAGAGGGUGUUGCUGUCCAUGAGCCAACGCUACAGUAUUUAGAAUGCAGAAGACUGGCGGGUCCAGUUGGAAGUUGGAGCAUGCAGGAAUAUAGCCUCUUCGCACCGGGAGACCUAUACACGUUGAUCUCCCGUUGCUGAAGUUGACAUCCCUUACCCCAAAUAACAUAUUUACCAGCCCUCUGGUUUAUUUACGAGAAACUUUACCCGUCACUGAGGCAAUUCUAUAAUCCUGUUUGCGAAAAUACUUCCCUAACCUGCUUCGAAAAGUCAUUUCCAGUCGUAGCUGUAUCCAAAGUGGGUGGCUAUACAAUGUUUGAACUAUGGUAAAAAUUGUAUGAAUAUACAUUUUUCUGAAGCUCACUCCCUAGUCCCCAUACAGCCUACUAGUUUGCCGUGAUUUUACCAUGUGAUCCUAGAUGGCAGCACACCAUUAGGAAGAUAGGAUGUGAAUUUGGUUAAUUUGAGGAAAGUUGGAUAUAAAUGUUUUUUUUUUCUCCACACAUUGUAAAAAUACAUUUGGUCAAUUUGUGGAAAGUUGGAUAUAAAAGUAGUUUUUUUCUCCACACAUUGUAAGAAUAAACUAGCAGGAAUAUAGCUUUGUUUACACAGGCAGCCCAAUUCUUUUAAACUAAUUGGUCUUUUAACCAAUCACAUCAGAUCUUUUCCAGAGCUGAUCUGAUUAGUCAAAAUAGCCAUUAUUGGGUAAACAAAAUAUCAGAAUUGGGCUUCCUGUGUAAAUGCAGCCUAUGUAUUCUAUAUUAGCCAACUAGGCCUAAAUGUCGAUUUCUUCUCACUUGCAUGUCAUAAUUUGGUGGUGACCAAACAUAAACACAAUGGUAAAACAGACUUGUAAAGGCUGAAAAUGACAAGACCAUAUAGGCUUUUCUCUGAAGCCAGUUGGCUACCAAAUGAAAUGUUUUUGUAUGAAAUUGUCUUUGGUGCUUUGAAGUAGCCUAUUUUAUUUAACCUUUAUUUAACUUGGCAAGUCAGUUAAGAACAAAUUAUUUUUUACAAAGAUGGCCUACCCCAGCCAAAACCUAUGACUUCCCAUUUCCAAAGAUCAGAAUAAGUAUUUAAUAUUGUUGGUGCUAAGUUCACAAGCACAAACUUAAUAUCAUUCAAUAUGUAAUUCAGUGUAUUUACUUCAUUCACUUUCAUUGAUUGUGCACUUUUUUAGGCCUAUGUUUUGUUGUAAUAAAAUAAUAUAGGCAUACCAAUAUUACUGUCUUGUUUGUUCAUUUUCAUCUAUUGCCUUGAUAAAUAUGUUGCAGCAGUAACGGAUGCUUC